AAACUCUACAGUCAGACUGAGUAACGUUCUCCAUUUUUGUGUUUCCUACCCAGGCGUCUCUGUCAGCAUCUCCACCUUCAGUCUGGUGGCCAUCGCCAUCGAGAGGUACAGCGCCAUCUGUAACCCUCUGAAGUCCCGUGCGUGGCAGACCCGCUCCCAUGCCUACCGCGUUAUCGCUGCCACCUGGGUGGUGUCACUGCUCGUCAUGGUGCCCUAUCCCGUCUUCAGCACCCUCAAGUCCUUCCCCAAAACCAACGGAACCGUUGGCCACAUGUGUCGUCUGGACUGGCCCAGUCAGCGUGCCGAGCAGACCUGGUAUGUUCUGCUGCUUUUCAUUCUGUUCUUCAUCCCGGGCGUGGUGAUGAUAAUAGCCUACGGUCUGAUCUCCCGGGAGCUUUACCGAGGCAUUCAGUUCGAGCUGAGCCAGAGCAAAGAAACCACUGGCCAGAAGAAUGGUGCAGGCAGGGCUAUGCAAGGCCCAAAUGACGAUGAUGAUGGGUGCUACAUCCAGGUUUCCAAAAAGCCCUCCUCUGCUGUAGAGCUACCCACCCUCUCAUCCUCAACGACCACCAUCCUUCACAAGCCGGAGCGGGCCCGUAGCAACACCUCCGAGGCUAAGCUGCAAGCCAAGCGGAGAGUCAUCCGCAUGCUGAUGGUAAUCGUAGCCCUCUUCUUCAUCUGCUGGAUGCCCUUAUACACAGCCAACACCUGGAAGGCAUUCGACCUGAAGUCUGCCUCCAAAGCCCUCACCGGAGCUCCCAUCUCUUUUAUCCACCUGCUAUCCUACACGUCCGCCUGCGUCAACCCCAUCAUUUACUGCUUUAUGAACACACGGUUUCGCAAGGCACUGCUGUCCACCUUCGCUUGCUGCUGUCGCAACCGUCUUUGCCGCCGGAUAUGUUGCCGGCAGAUGAGAUAUGGGGAAGACGGCCUCAAUGCCACCUCUAUGGGUACAUCGAUGGUGACCUCUAUGUCCAAGUUCAGCUACACCACUGUCAGCACCACCGGUAACUGCUGAGCUUAAAGCUGGGUGAAGUGGUCACAUGAGAGGCUGUCAGCAGCCAUCGACGUGUCCACCAUCUGUUUUUUCUUUUUUCAAUCUUCUGUUUGUCAGUCCUCAUCCUAAUAGGCUGUGAGUCAUGAGCUGAGUAAUAUCCAUGUCCUCGUUUAAAGGCCUCCCAAAAAGGUCCUGCUCAAAUUCUGUGUGCAUGAUUGCAGAUUGCACAGCGUAGAAAGCGGCGUCUAAAUGUGGUGACAUUCUUUUACCUCUUUUUAUUGGCAGCAACUGCCUUAUUGCAUCCAAAAGAGAACAUCAAGUGCCUGUGCUCUUGUAGCUUUAUCUGUCAGAUUUCUUUUUUUAUUCGCUGGAAUGGACUUGUCUGUGAAAAAAACAGUUAUAAGCUUGUAUACAUAAAUAUUGUCUUUAUGUUGUGAAUGUGCCAAUGGAAAAUGUUUUUCAUGUUUCGUUUCAAAAGAAAUAUUCUUUACAUUUAUGGCUUCGUUUUAAAUUAUCUUUGUGUAAUGAAUGUUUUUAAAAGUCUGUUGUACCUUACAAAUAUACUAUUAACUCUUGAA